GGCAGCAUGGAGAGCAGCCGGGUCCGGCUGGUGACAAUGGACAUCAGUGGUCUCCCAGUGGAGCUAUGGCGUCUGAUUUUGUCCUAUCUGCAUCUUCCUGACCUGGGCCGCUGCAGCAUGGUGUGCAGGGCAUGGUAUGAACUCAUUCUUAGCUUAGACAACACACGAUGGCGACAGCUGUGUCUGGGCUGCAUUGAGUGCAGGCACCCAAACUGGCCCAACCAGCCUGACGUGGAGCCCCAGUCUUGGAGAGAAGCCUUCAAACAGCACUACCUAGCCUCAAAAACCUGGUCCAAGAACACCCAAGACCUUGAAUCUUCCAACUGUUUCUACUUGUUCCGACGGAAGAAGGAUCGCCGUGUCCUCUGUGUAGGGCCUGGGUAUGAGUUUGAGAGCCUCCGGGUUGCCUUGGCCGCUGCCAACCCCUAUGACCGGAUUGUGCUGCUGCCUGGGGUGUAUGAAGAGCAAAGUGAAAUUGUCCUGAAGGUGCCAGUGGAAAUCGUGGGGCAGGGGAAGCUGGGGGAUGUUGCCCUGCUAGUCAGCGUCGACCAGCACUGUCAAACCACUCGCCUGUGUAAUGUAGUGUUUAUGCCUGCCUGGUUCACCCCAGUGGUCUACAAGACAACCUCUGGCCACGUCCAGUUUGACAACUGCAACUUCGAGAAUGGGCAGUUACAGAUCCAUGCGCCAGGCACGUGCCAGGUGAAGUUCUGCACCUUCAAUCAAUGCAGCGUCAAUUUCCACAGUGUGGCCCUCUGCGUCCUUGAGAACUGUGAGUUCAUUGGCAGUGAAAAUGCCUCUGUGACUGUGGAGGGCUCCCCAACCUCUGAUCGGAACUGGGCCUGCAAGCACCUGACCAUGCUGGCCAAGUCCCGCUCUGUUCUGUUACAGGCCCCAGAUUCCUCACCUUGCAGCAGGUCAAAACAUGAAGACUGGGGGGACUCUCCAGUGGGGAAUAUAAGGACCUGUGAGAUUGUGGUAGGUGGGGACCACAGUAACUUACCUCCUGCCUUAAGGACUCCACCAGCGCUUGAGCAGACUUGCGAGAAGGAGGCUGAGCUCAAUGGGAACCUUUAUACAGCCAAGGAGGGGGAAGCCGUGACCCUUGACACAGACUCUAGUGAUAGCGAGUUGAGCACCGGCAGUGAGAAUGAGGGAGACGACCAAUCGAUGUACAAGCUGUCCUAUCAGGCCCAUAGCCUGAGUCACAUGCUGACCAAAGUUAUCUACAGCCGGCCACAAACCAAUGGGUUGAAUGCCCUCCAGAAUGACUUUGAGCUCAAAAGUCUGCAACAGGAGCUGCAAAGAGACAAGGAGGCCCAGUCUCUUGCCAACUCUCUGCAAGGAUGCCUCAUCCGGCGGUGCCUUUUCAGGGAUGGGAAGGGUGGAGUCUUUGUCUGCUCACAAGGGCAAGCCAAAAUGGAAGGGAGCAUCUUCAGGGACCUGACCUAUGCAGUGCGAUGCAUACAAAGCAGCAAGGUCAUCAUGCUGAAGAAUGACAUCCACCACUGUAAAGCCUCAGGGAUAUUUCUCCGCCUGUCAGCAGGAGGUCUGAUUGCAGACAAUAACAUCCAUUCUAACUGUGAGGCUGGGGUGGACAUUCGGAAAGGAGCCAACCCUCUGAUACUGUGUAAUAAGAUACACAGUGGCCUUCGCUCAGGCAUCGUUGUCCUUGGCAACGGAAAAGGCAUCAUCCGUAGCAAUCAGAUCUAUGGGAAUAAAGAAGCCGGCAUUUAUAUCCUGUAUAAUGGAAACCCCAUAGUGAGUGGAAACCAUAUUUUCCAGGGUCUGGCAGCUGGAAUAGCAGUAAAUGAGAAUGGAAGAGGCCAAAUAAUAGAAAACGUCAUUCGGGAGAAUCAGUGGGGCGGGGCAGACAUCCGGCGUGGCGGCGACCCCGUGCUGAAGAACAACCUGAUCUGCUGCGGUUACUCAGAUGGAGUAGUGGUGGGAGAGCGUGGGAAGGGGCUUAUCGAGGGAAACACCAUUUAUGGCAACAAGGGCUGUGGUGUGUGGAUAAUGGCAUCCAGUCUCCCUCACAUCACCAACAACCAAAUUGGGCACAACAGCAUCUAUGGGGUGGCAGUGUUUUGCCGCAAAGAUGAUGCCAGUGACUAUCUUGCCAACCAAGGAGGCAAUGAGAGCUUCAACGAUGAGGGGGAAGCUGCCAUCUGGGAGAAUGACCUGGACAGUGAGGAUGAGCGCUUUGCCUCCCGACGGCUCAUCAGUGUGGCACUGGUAGAGUCAAACAGCAUCAACCACAAUGGAGCUGCUGGGCUGUACAUCAAGAGCAGUGAAGCACUGAACAUCAUUGCCAAUGCCAUCCAUGCCAACCAGGACAGUGGAGUCACGGUCUUUCAGAGCACCCAGCUCACCCGAAUAGCGAACAACAGCAUCUCCUGCAACAGCCUCGGGGGCAUCCUUGUGGAAACAGAGUGCAGGGUGGAGCUCCGUGGCAAUGGGAUAUAUGACAACAGCAGCCAUGGCAUCGCCUGCAAGGGGGACGGGGUCAUUGUUGAAAAUGACAUCAUAGGCAAUCUUGGGUGUGGCCUCAAGUUGUUACAGACAGCGGACAUGAAGGUAACCAAGAACAGGAUCCAGGCAUUGCAGGAUUAUGGGAUCUUGAUACUUGACCAAACCAAGGGUCUGGUGCAGGAUAACCUGAUUUACCAAGGAAAGUCCAAAAAAACCAUUUUGCAGCAGGUGUCAAAUGCAGAAGAUUGCAUUGUUCAGAACAACAAACUUCUCACCUUCAAGAGAAAGUCUGACAUUGCAUGGACUCUGGAGAACCCUCCAGCACGACCUCACAUUGAAGUAACGGCCCGAGGAGUCUCAAGAGCAACAAACAGCCAGCGCGUUACAACCAUGACAACUAGGAUUGUGGCGAGGGUGGAUGGGGGGUGCCACAACAAUGGGAGCAUCUUCUGUACUAUUCUUUGAUUCCCAUGAGGGUUUUCUCAAGUGUCUUUUUUAGAGACCAGGCCAGGAAGCUUAUUCUGUGGGAGGAGGAAGAGGAUUUUGCUCUGUGCUCUUCAUUUUAACCUCCUUGUUUUUAUCACUCAACAAUUUGGCUGCUGAUGGAGCUCAUAGUGCAUUCCUAUCAGGAACAGCAGGGAGACCUUUCCAUCAGCUCUUCUUUUCUAUUUGACCCGUGAGAUGACGCCUGUGGCAAUUGCCAGGCAGAUCAGUUGCCCUGGAUAAAGCUCAGUAAUGCCAAUGUGUAGCUGUUUGAUGGGUCUGGCCUACUGUCUCCUCAGCAGCCUCAUGAUGAAGUUUGGAGUAAACUGUUUUUUCCCUCUAAAGAACCGGAACUGUUCCCCAGCACAGAAAGAAAGACUUGAUCAUGAGGACAAGAAUGAAAGCUGUUUGCUGCUUCUUAAAGUCUUGAAUUGAUUUGAAGCCCGUGGCAAUGCAGGACAGAAACCAGACAACAAAAAAGUAGGCAGGAUUUUUAUUUGACUAUUUGUAUUUUCUAAAUUUAAAAAAUACAGUUUGAGACCCUCAUAUUGCAGAGCUGCUUUGUCAACAGUCACCUGUAUUUGUGACAAGAGUGUAAGAUUUUAGAAACUGAAGUUGUGUCCUGUGUGAUCUGGUUUAUCUACAGGGAAUAACUGCUUAUAACAGUUCUGAAUUGUAGCAUAAGAUUUGUUCUUGGCCUUUCUGAUGUACCUAUGUCUAGAUGUUAGCUGAGUCCUAACACUGGAGAUGACCAGAUCUGGACUGAUGCUAACAUGGUAGUGAACAAAGAGGAGCAAUCAGAAUAAAAUUAGGCCCUCUUAAUCAUUAGGAGUCAUCCACUAUAGGGAAUUGAUCACGGUAGUCAGGAAAGUGAUUCCAUGACUGGUCCCCCUUCAGCCAAUAUUGCUACCAGCUAGUACAGAUGCGACGUUGUCCACCCUAUUUUCUAGAAUUUCUUGAGAUUUCUUAAGUCAAUGUAUCAAUGUCCUGACACAGAUGGAUCCCAAAGUGCUUUUGCAAGGAUGAAAUGAGGGCAGAUGGUUCAGCUGGUAGAUCAUAGUGACUAGAAAAAGGGAAACUGGGAAACAAACCAUGUCUAGUGCUGUAUCUUCAAAGUGAGUGAAAAAUCCUCUGCCCUGAGCCUGGGUUCAGAUGCAGAUUGCCUAUAUAAAAUCCAGGUGUGACAUCUGUGUUUGGAAGUCGGUCACCUUCUGUGUGAAGGCCUUGCAGUGUGCCUCCCUGAUACUGUUACAAUUUAGGAAGAGUAGUGGGGUAGUAUGAAACUUUUGCUGCCUGCUGCAGUAUGUCAGUUGCAGAGUUUGCUCUUUCAUACUUUUUACCUUUCACCAGAUCCUCAGCUGAUGUGAACUGGGAUCAACCCAUUGGCUUCACUGGCUUUACACCAGCUGAGGGACUGGGCCCUUCUCUUCAGGGGAGUUCCUGCUGGCUGUUUCUUACCCAUCUCGCUUUCUGUCACUCACAGCACAUGCCAGACCCUUGGCAGCUACCAAGUGAUGUUUCUCUGUUGACAUCCCUAUGGCCACUGAUCAGCUGAGGGUCUGACCCUGGGUUAUUUUUUAAAGAAAAACCUUUGAUUUGUGUAAGAACUUUUGUAAUAAAAAAUGUAUAUGACAAAAAUAAACACUAUAUUUUAAAAGUUGCA